GAUUGAAAGGAGCGAAUGGUAGCCCACAAACAUAAAACUCAGAAUUCCAUAAUACCGAAAAUACCAAAAACCAAACGGCGAGGACUCAAAGAGAGAGAGAGAGAGAGAGAGAGAGAGAGAAUAACCCCAUUGGAAGCCAUCAGAAACCCUAGCGAGAUAUCAGAAGCUGAAAGGAAGACAAAGUAGGAGGAGCCCAGAGGUGGAAACAGAGAGACAAAGAAAGGGGCAGAAUGGGGAAGAAGAAGAAGAGGGUUUCCUCGAAGGUUUGGUGCUAUUACUGCGAUAGGGAGUUCGACGACGAGAAGAUAUUGGUGCAGCAUCAGAAGGCCAAGCACUUUAAAUGCCACGUCUGCCACAAGAAGCUCUCAACAGCUGGUGGCAUGGCCAUACAUGUCCUCCAGGUGCACAAAGAGACUGUCACCAAGGUUCCGAAUGCAAAACCUGGCCGGGAAUCGACAGACAUUGAAAUAUAUGGAAUGCAAGGAAUCCCACCUGACGUCUUGGCUGCACAUUAUGGAGAGGAAGAGGAAGAUGCUCCAUCAAAAGUGGCCAGAGUGGAUAUCCCAUCAACUCCAAUUGGCAGCGUGGUGCCUGGGUCGCUAGGUAUUGCAUAUCCUCCUCAACCUGCAUUAGGGACGAUGCAGCCAAUUUAUAGUUCUGCAGUACCACUUCCUCCUAAUUCUUGGUCAGUUCCUCCUCGGCCCCAGCCUUGGUAUCCUCAGCAUACAGCAAUGUCAGUUCCUCCUGCUUCAUUGAAUUAUGCCCAGCAGCCAUUAUUCCCUGUGCAGAAUGCUAGGCCUCCUAUUCCAUCAUCGACAUCACCUGCACUGCAAACUGCACAGAUUACUCCUCCUGGACUGCCCGCAUCCACACCUCCUGUUGCAGUUUCACAGCCCCUCUUUCCAGUGGGUGGUACUAACAAUGUAUCUAGUCAAAAUUCACCAUUUUCUGCUCCAAUGCUUCCAACGAACAUCCCAUCUAGCUCACCACUAAAUGUCAAAGCCUCAUUGGAUGCAAAUUCAAGCACAAACACCUCUCUGGCAAAUAGCUACCAAGCUCCAAGCAUUCCAGGUGGGAUAUUAAUCAAUUCACACUCAUAUGCAUCUGGACCUAAUACGGGUGGUCCGUCAAUUGGACCUCCCCCUGUUAUUUCGAACAAGGCCCCUGCUACCCAGCCUGCUACUAACGAGGUGUAUUUAGUUUGGGAUGACGAGGCUAUGUCCAUGGAAGAAAGAAGAAUGUCCCUAGCAAAGUAUCAGGUGCAUGAUGAAACUAGCCAGAUGAGCUCCAUCGAUGCAGCGAUUGAUAGAAGGAUAUUGGAAAGCCGGCUUGCUGGUCGAAUGGCAUUUUAAAUCAAAUUGCAGCUAUUUAAUUUGGACCUUGUGGAUCCAUGAUUCUUCAAAUAUAUUGUCAAGUUCAUUGAAACCGUGAGUUGGGGUUCUUCUGGCAUAUCAUACCAUCAAGCAACUCAUAUUUAUUUGUAUUGUAGUUUUUUGCAAGAAUGUGAUUUAGAAGGCGGCUGAUUUGAUGUUUGCGACAUGAUGAUAUUACUUGUAAACUUUGGCUUCUGCCUUAUUUAUUGUCAUUUUCUUGCUCAGUCACAUGGAUUUUGAUGUAAACCUUUUAGGUUUUUAGUUUCUAAAUUCUAUUGAAUCCAGUGAUGCUGCAGUGUUCUUUCUA